GGGGCGGCGGUGCAGAAGGGCGGGAAGCGCGGGCGGCGGCGCGGGCUGUGCGCGCGCGCCAUGAAGGAGACGCGCGGUACUUCCAGGCAGCAGAACCAGCCUCAAGGGCACUAUGGACUUACCUCUCCAAUUAGCUUGGCUCCUCCCAGUGACAAAGACCACAUCCAUACUCAGAAGCUGAUUGAAGCAAUGAAGCCAUUUGGGGUGUUUGAGGAUCAGGAAGAACUCUAUCACAGGACAACUGUUCUUGGAAAACUGAAUAACUUUGUCAGAGAAUGGAUUUCAGAGCUUGCUGAAAGCAAGAAUCUUCCCCCUUCAAUAACAGAACAAGUUGGUGGCAAAAUAUUUACAUUUGGCUCCUACAGACUUGGAGUACACACCAAAGGUUCAGACAUCGAUGCCCUUUGUGUUGCUCCCAGUCACGUGGAAAGAUCAGAUUUUUUUCAGUCAUUCUUUGAAAAGCUGAAGAAUCAAGAGGAAGUAAAAAACCUGAGAGCCAUUGAGGAUGCAUAUGUACCUGUUAUCAAAUUUGAGUUUGAUGGCAUUGAGAUUGACCUCGUGUUUGCAAAGCUCUCUCUGCCCACAGUCUCUGAUGAUCUGGAUCUCAGGGAUGACUCGUGCCUCAAGAGCCUGGAUAUAAGGUGCAUCCGGAGCCUGAAUGGCAGCAGGGUCACAGAUGAAAUUCUGCGCCUGGUGCCCAACCUGGAGAACUUCCGCCUCACGCUCCGUGCAGUUAAACUGUGGGCAAAACGACGUGGUGUUUACUCCAACAUCAUGGGAUUUCUUGGUGGAGUCUCCUGGGCCAUGCUGGUAGCAAGAAUAUGUCAACUCUACCCAAAUGCUUUGGCCUCUACUCUCGUUAACAAGUUCUUCUUGAUUUUUUCAAAAUGGGAUUGGCCAAAGCCAGUAUUGCUGAAACGACUGGAAGAGAGCUUUCUUAAUUUACCAGUCUGGGACCCCAGGGUAAACCCAUCAGACCGGUACCACGUGAUGCCCAUCAUCACCCCAGCCUACCCACAGCAGAACUCCACCUACAACGUGUCCGUGUCCACACGGGCAGUCAUGGUGGAGGAGUUCCAGCGUGGUCUUGAAGUUACAGAUGAGAUUCUCAAAGGAAAAUCAGACUGGUCAAAGCUCUUUGAACCACUGAACUUCUUUCAGAAGUACAAACAUUACAUUGUGCUGACUGCCAGUGCCUUUACAGAAGAGCAUCACCUGAACUGGAUUGGCCUCGUGGAGUCUAAAAUCCGUGUGCUGGUUGGAAACUUGGAAAGGAAUGAAUUUAUAACUAUUGCACACGUGCAGCCACAGUCUUUCCCUGGCAAUGAAGUCCUCUAUAAACAGAGUGGAUUUGUAUCAAUGUGGUUUCUUGGGCUUGUGUUUAAGAAAGCAGAAAGUGCAGUAAAGACUAACGUUGAUCUAACACAUGGGAUACAGUCAUUCACAGACACAGUUUACAGGCAGGCCAGUGCCCUCAACAUCCUAAAGGAAGGUAUGAAGAUUGAGGCAACUUAUGUGAAGAGAAAGCAACUCCAUUAUUUUUUGCCAGCAGGAACCUUACAGAAAAGAAAGAAGCAAAGGGUGUCAGAUAUUAGUCAAAAUAAUAGUGGACUUCAGUGCAAAAGGUCUUCUUUAGGUGAAAGCUGUUCGGAUGGUUCCAAAGACAGAGGUUCCAGAACACCCUCUAAUUCCUCUUCGUUAAAUAAGAUAUCUAAGUUGGACAUCUCUACAGCAGAGACAGAAAGAAAUGUUGCAUGUCAGAGUUGUAGUGGUGCCAACAGUGUAGCUGAGCCAUCCACGUCUAAGGGACUUUGCAUUCCUGUGACUGACCCAAAAAUGGAGGCUACAGUUGCACUAAGAACACCGGGACCUCCCACUGGUUGCACCAUUCCAGGAUAUGACACGGUUUGUCAACUCAGAACGUGUUUUGUGCAAGAGCAGCAUAAAUUAAGUGGGACUCUAAUCACGGAUCCUAGGAGUGCUUCACCUAAGCAGCAUUAUUCACCAAGCUCUAAAGUAUCUCGUCCACCAACAGCAGGAGAGUGCCCCCAAAAAGCCAUAGAUGGAGACAAGCUAAACGUGUGGGAGUCGGAUUUCACAGAAAGUGGAUACCCUCAAGAUGGGAGGAAGAGAGCUACAAAAAAUGGUGUCCUUGAUGGAAAAUCCAUGCAGAUUCCAGUGAUCACAUCAAGAUCACAGAGGCUUUCCAGUAAAGAACUGCCAGAUUCUUCAUCUCCCGUUCCAACAAAUAGCAUUCGUAUCAUUAAAAGAUCCAUCAAACUUACCCUUAAUGGGUAAGUGGUUGAUCUUCAGGUGAAGAGGAUAAUCACUUGUUACCAGUCCUUAUUCUGAAUGUGUGUUGUAGUUACUAACAAAGGUACAAGGGUACUGUGGCCCUGCUGUAACUGACCAGCUGAAAUCAUGGUCUGAUUUUUAUACUGCUGUUGGAUGCUUGCUUCCUUCUGAACUACUCUUUGCAUGUGCUUGUAACAGUUACCUUUAGGAGUUUUUAAAAAGUCUAAAUUGUCACCAGCUGAAACAGCUACAAAAGCCAACCUGUCCUGUGCCUUGGAUUCAGAAUGCAUAAAUACCACCAGGGUUAAUUAGUUGCUGCAACCACAUUCUGGUUUCGAGUGUGUCCGAGCGUGCUUGUGUUCCUUUGUGCUUGCCUAAUUUGUGUGCGUGCAUUGUUCUUCUCUCCAAUUAUUUUCCAUUUGGCACACCACGCACUCCUGUGCUCCUCUCACAAUGGUGCUCAGCUUCCUUGCAGCUUGCCCCUGCCUUGCACAGCCAUGCACUGCACAGGUGCUGCCUCCCAUGGAGGCCCCUAAAUGAGUUCAGUAUUGAAGGAGAUGCAGCAGAGGAUGCUACCAAGGUAUGGAGAUUAGACAGGCGUGUCCCAUGCUCUGUUAUCUGAUCCUUUUCUUUGUCUCAAGACUGCUCCAGCAUGAGACUUGAGAGGUUUUUUUGUGUCACUGGGUAGUAAAGCCCAACUCUGAGCACACAGCAAAGAUGCACUGAAACAUGCAACAGCUGAGGCUGUCCUGACACUGCUGCCCACCUGCAAGCUGCAUGCAGAAAGUGGUUUCAGAUAAACCCUGAAAGCUGUCCUAAAUGCUUACAUGAAUACCUGUCCUAGUCUCGAGUCUGGUUCUGUAAACUGAUAACACUGCUUACCCAGCUAAGUGCAUUAGGGGUUUUGGGGGGUGGGGAGAAAUUCUAAUUAUAUGAAACAAGUAUUGUGCUAUUUCUCUAUUGUAAUUUCUUUACCAUUUGAUGGUUUCAUAAGUGAACUUGUAAGUUGUUUUUCCAGAGUAUUUUUGUAUGUACUGUAAAAAACUAUCUUCAAAGUGAAAUUU